AAUGUUUCCAAAAAACCAAAUGCUUUUCGCUCUGACAGUUCCACAGUAGAGCUUUGACUUGCAGAGAUCGGCAACUAAACCUAUACACAUAUAUACGAAAUAUGUAUGUAUGGAAAAUUCUAUAAUAGCUCGUGAUCUCUUCUUGUUUACAGUAGUCCUUUUCCGAAAGCAAGCUAGAGACAGCGCAGACAUACACAGACAAUAUACAGAAAGAUUUCAAAAUUAUAUAUGCUCUCUCUCUCUCCUUCGUUCUCUUUUACCAGAUUCAAUCAAGUUGUUAUGCUUGUUAGUUUAGUGGGUUGAUUUGUAUUUGGUUAAUUGAUUGAUGACUAGAGAGAUUACUAAUAUGAAUAUGGUGAGAGAUGAAUUGUAGAUUCCACAAAUGGGGUGUGUUUUUGGUCGAGAGGUUUCGUCGGGCGUAGUUUACGAGUCUAAGGAAGAGAAUAGGGAAGCUGAGAAUGGAAGAAGGAGUAAGAAUUUGAGUGUUGAAUCUAGGGAGACAUUAAGGGUUGGGGAGAGAAAGAUUGACAAUGAUAAGGGUGGGGCUAAUAGUGCUGUGACCCAGGAGGAAAAGGAUGACGGUGAUCAGCGGUCACAGGGUGAGAGGAGGAGGAGAUCAAGGCAGAAUCCAAGGCUAAGUAACCUCCCAAAGCAUAAACAUGGAGAACAAGUUGCAGCAGGAUGGCCAUCUUGGCUUUCUGCACAUGUUGGUGAGGCAAUUGAUGGUUGGCUUCCUCGACGUGCCGACACUUUUGAGAAGAUUGACAAAAUUGGGUCAGGAACAUAUAGCAAUGUGUACAAAGCAAGAGACAAUAUGACAGGGAAAAUUGUUGCGUUAAAGAAGGUACGCUUCGAUAAUUUGGAACCAGAAAGCGUGAGAUUUAUGUGCAGAGAGAUUAUUAUUUUGAGGCGACUUGAUCAUCCCAAUGUUAUAAAAUUGGAGGGUUUGGUCACUUCAAGAAUGUCGUGUAGUUUGUAUUUGGUGUUUCAGUAUAUGGAGCAUGAUUUGGCUGGACUAGCAGCUAGCCCAGAAAUUAAGUUUACAGAAGCACAGGUUAAGUGUUAUAUGCAUCAGUUAUUAUCUGGGCUUGAGCACUGUCACAACCAUGGUGUACUCCACCGUGACAUUAAAGGUUCAAAUCUUCUUAUUGACAAUGAAGGAAUACUUAAGAUAGCUGAUUUUGGGUUGGCUACCAUUGUGGAUCCUAGCCACAAGCACCCGUUGACUAGUCGAGUGGUUACACUGUGGUAUCGAGCUCCAGAGCUGCUUCUUGGGGCUACUGACUAUGGUGUAGGCAUAGACCUGUGGAGUGCAGGUUGCAUUUUAGCUGAAUUAUUGGCUGGGAAGCCUAUCAUGCCUGGUCGCACGGAGGUAGAACAAUUGCAUAAAAUUUACAAGCUAUGUGGCUCACCUUCUGAUGAAUAUUGGAAAAAAUCGAAGUUGCCAAAUGCAACCUUAUUCAAGCCCCGGGAGCCUUACAGGCGAUGCGUUUCACAUACAUUCAAACAUUUCGUGAUUACAGCAUCACUUCCUUUAAUUGAAACUCUUCUUGCAAAUGAUCCAGCUGACCGUAAAACUGCAACAAUUGCAUUAAGGAGUGAAUUUUUUACUACAGAACCAUAUGCUUGUGAUCCGUCUAGUCUUCCACAAUAUCCUCCAACCAAAGAGAUCGAUGCUAAACGGCGUGACAAUGAGGCUCGCAGGCUAAAAGCUGCUAAUAAAGCCCAGGGCGAUGGCACUAAGAAAACACGAACACGUGAUCGGGCUGUUCGAGCUAUUCCUGCUCCAGAAGCCAAUGCUGAGCUUCAAUCUAAUGUCGAUCGCCGGCGUCUAAUCAGCCAUGCAAAUGCGAAAAGCAAGAGUGAGAAGUUUCCUCCACCUCACCAGGAUGGAGCGCUUGGAGUCCCCUUAGGUGCUUCACAUCACAUCAAUCCAGCCAUCGUUUCCCCUGAUAUUCCCUUUACUUCCACCUCAUUCACACAUUCAAAGGAAUAUGUUCAAACUUGGUCAGGUCCUUUGGUUGACCCUGUGGCUGUUGGUGCUUCAAGGAGAAAGAAGCAUGGUGCUCGAGAACAAACUAAAUCUUUUACGGGCAAAAAAGACUAAAGUAGCAACCCUCGGGUUACAUUGAAGUAGAGUUGCAUAUAUUGAGAAUUGCAUACAGGGCGAGAGUAGCAGCCCUAUUCAUUUUGCAUCUAUCUAAUCAACUCGGAAAUGCAAUUUAAGCUUGUUCAGUGGUAAAAUUUUAUAUUUUUUUUUCCCUCUUUCAAUUUUCAUAUUUUUUGUUCCGCUCUAUUUGUUGGGAUGGUGAGAGGCUUCCUUUUUUAUGUAUAUUUUAAUUAUUUUUUUCCUCUUAGAUCCUUGUGUUGGAACCUUAUAUUGUUUUGAUUAAUGACAAUUUUUAAUAGAAAGUUUGAGAGCCCAAUUCUGGUGUUUCAGUU